AUGCUCACCCUGCAACACGCCCACCAAUCAUCGACCGCUACUGAAGACAGUCAAGUCCCUGAUAGGUUCUCUUCGCCUGGGCGGAAUAAAUCAACCUCGGACAACCGACAAGAGAAUAGCAGUCACGACGCAGGACUGCCACCAAAUGAGCCAAGUAACCCGGAACAGGGAUCCUCCCCGCCUCCAUCUGCUCCUUGCAAGCUCCUCACGCGUCUCGCCGUGAAUCCCGGCGCCGACGUCUCGACGAUCUUAGCAGGGGCAGAGAACGAGCACCAAGCCGAUAGCGCAGAAGGCGGUCUGCCUUGCGAGAGUGCAUACAAGCUGCUGAUGCGGUAUGCCACCAGUGAAGAGAAACUGGAGGCUCUCGCUCGGUCUCUCGAGGAGGGUUGCGUUCCUAACUCUGGCGGUGGAUGUAAGGUCAAGAAUGAGACACUAUCGCAAGCUCUCCUGGACAUCUGUCUCUAA